UUCAAAUGUUUUUAGACACUAAAGAAAGCUUUUUCAAAGAAUGCUCUGAUGAACCACUCUUGUUUGGACAAGAGGCCCAGCCAGAAGUAAACUUGUUUGGCCUUGGAGGUUUUGACAACACUAACUCUCAAACAGACACAGAGAAAAGCAUUUUCCCUUAUUUUAAAGGCUCUGGGCUCUUUAUCCGGGACUCUGAUGAGAGAUUAAGUUUAUCAGAGAUCUCCAAUAUCCAUGCUCCAAUUCUGGCUGGAGUCGAUCUAUACUCAAGAACUGAUGAUCUGUUACAAAUUUUAUGCAAAGAAGUUGAGCUUCCAGCUGUUGAAGUUUACUUCGACAAUAAAUCUGAACAAAUUAUUGUCAAGAACAAAUCUUUUGAAGGACCUGAGGUUGAGGCUGUUCUCCAUCCAGAGCCAUCUCUCACCAAGAAGGCUAAUAAUCUUAUCAGAGAAGAAUCUAGACCAUCCUCUUUUAACACAAGGGUCAGAUUUUCAAAAAAGCAUGACAGAGAGAUGUUCCGUAUUUUGAGAGAACUUUGAGAUGUCCACUGCGUCUCCCUCUCCUGCUUCUCCUUGCCAGAGGAUUCCCUGCCGAAGGAUGCUCGAUCUGUGUUGGAUAAACUAAUGAAAGAAGUAAAAUGGAGAACCAACAGGAAGGAAGACUUACUCAAGAGGAUUACUAAAUAUACUACCAACUCCACUUUCUCUGUCAGAGAUGGAAAGUUACUCAGACGGCUCGUGAGAUCACAGAUUAAGAAGGGAGAAGUUGAUUACUCCUCCUUGCUCUAUUACUUCCCAGGAAAAACAGCUGAACAGUUGGAACAGGAGUACUUAAAAGCAACGGGAUAG